AUGAAUAAAAUGGUUGAAAACGGUAAGGACCUAUCCAUAGUUAACGUUUAGAAACUUAGAUGGUUUAAAUUAAUGUUUGCGUGGACCUUUAUAUAGUUUUGAUUUCAUGAUCUUGACUCGUUUAGUUAAUGAACACGAAAUGCGCAAAAUGAUCGCGCGCACUUUAAUUUGUAACAAUUCAAAAGGAAUUACUUCAAUAAAUUUACUUGAAACUGUUCAGUCUUUCAAUUCGCCUUGGAUCAUGGAUUUUAUAAGGUUUUGAAUCUGUUUCUAAGGGGUUGCUGUUUGUCAAUUGAACGUGGGCGGACCCGCCAACCAGAAGAUUAAUAUGAACUAUGGAACCGUCCAAACAAACACGAAUCUGUUGCGACGGUGAACAUACUACUUCAUAGGUGUUAGGAGUUGAUAUUCAAAGAACUAUAACCCAUUUACUCUGCGUAUAAAAUGUAUGAACCAACUCGAAACAAUCAGUUCCAUAUGGUAUAUUAUGUAAGAUUAAUGCGAACUACAGAAUAUACAAACAAAUGGAUUGGAAAGCUUUGAUCGAAAACAGCCUAAGGCGCAGUUUACCGAUGGAAUGCACUUACUGAUUUCGUGUUUUCAUACUUAGUGAAUGUUUAUCAGAUGAUCUCCCUUUAUAGGGGAUGCUUUUCCUCAACACUAUAAGAUACUUUCAGUAUUCGGAGAUACUGCAUGAGUAUUCUUCUCAAAAACCACUGAGGUGGAAUUAUAAAGUCUAUAAACAGACAAGCACAUAUUGCAAGAAUCAAACCUCAGUAACGCACGUAAAGGUCAAAUGCGUCUACUAAUUUCUGCGUCACAAACCGAGGAGGAAUAAGUGUUUGAACGUUUCCUUUUAUUUUCUGAGUUCAUCAUUCGGAAAAGGCAAUAAGGUAGUGGGAAUUGAGGAUGACCCUUACUCGACCUCCAGCAACGAGAUAUGGAAGUAGACGACCUUUGCCAUAGUUAGGUAUACACUACCAACUGCGCCAGAAAGGUAGAACUUAGUGAAAGUUUUCUUUGUGUUAGGAAGAGGAAAUCCUCCAUGCAAGGUGUGUGGAGACAGAUCAUCAGGCAAGCAUUAUGGCGUACAAUCUUGCGAUGGAUGUCGGGGUUUCUUCAAACGAAGUGUAAGACGAAAGCUGAGUUAUCAAUGUCGAGAACGAGGCAUGUGCCCCAUUGAUGUAGCGAGAAGGAACCAAUGUCAGUCCUGUAGACUAAGGCGAUGCUUUGAAGCAGGAAUGAAUAAAGAUGGUAAGAUAUAAAAAUAUUUAUUAAACAAGGUCAUAUUGUUAAUAAAUCUGGCAAGCCAGACACUUAUCUUCCCCUGGGCCCUUGAAAAGAAUCUCAAUAUAUAUGCGUUGUCUUCUUUAGUCGCUAUAGUUGUUCAACUUACUUUAUGAGUAAUUUUAACAUAUUAAAAUCAGUGUUUAAAAUCAGUUUUUGGGAUAUGCUGCUGUUCAGACGACCUCCUCAAAUUGGACAGAGGUUUUCAAAAGAAACGAAGCAAUUUUGUUGUUCUGAACACAAAAGCAAUUGCUCCAUACAGAGCUAAUAAACACCACUGUUUAAAAGCAGCAUAUAUACUGUCUGGGUUUUUGGUAAAAUCGUCGCUUACACUUUUGCGGUUAUGUUGCAUUAACAGGAGUUUUGAUGGGAGGCCGUUUACUGUGCCCACGCGUGGGAAGACUUCAUUUAACAUACGAGUUCUGAUCCGAAAACUAGUCAUUAUUUUAUGCCCUCAAUUUAUAAAGCCAUAUUCGAAUAUAAUCAUAUAAGAUCAGAUGGAUAAUAGUAUUAGAAAGCCAAAUGUCAUUGUCAGGUGUAUUAAAAUAUGCAUAUAGGGCGUUUAUGUAACAUAAACAUAGACGCCGAGAUUACUUAAUUGAAUUAGGAAAACAGGCUAAGAACAUUCAACGAAGAUCAAGAAUUUCAACCAACCAUACAAAAAUCCGAAAUCCAAAACAUUGUCUUAUGUUUAACAAAUACACAAGUCAAUUAUCUAGUUUUUAUUAUGUAUACAAUGCCAUUAAAUCAAGUAGACAUUGUGUCCCGUGGCCAUGGAUUGUGCCGGAACGUAUAAUCAUGUUAAUAUUUAAUGAUGUUUUUACCAAAGUCAAAUUCAAUCGGUCAACAUGCCAAGAAAGUGUCAAAAACCAAUAAAAACUUGCGGCAACCACGAAAAUUAAAAUUUUAGCUAAAAGUUGCCAUGAAGUACUUGAAAGAAAACAAAUAUUCAUUAUUGUUUUUAAGCUACAGACGUCGCCAGCUGGGCCUUCGUUUCUGGUACCGGUUUAUUUUUCGACUACACCCUAAUUUUGUGCUUUGCUUGCAUUUGCUUAAAGAAACGAAACGACGACUUACAGUUCUCUGUUUGAAAUACUUGAAAAAAAUUGAAGUUUAAUUUCUGCGGUAAAAUAAAAACAGCGAGCCGAGGGUGAAAAUUUUGAGCGUCUUUGCUUGUCAUAUAAACAACAGAAUGCAAUACAUCGAGUUUUUGCAUAUUGUAAUUCACAUUCCAGCAGACAAAACAGUAAAUAAUUUUCAUGGGAUGUUGUGCCUCAACGUGUUGUGCUUAUGUUUGGAUGAUGUAAUGCGUCUGUUUUCGCUUAUAGGCCUACACAACGAAAUGAAAACUACAAAGUAUUUUAAUUGUUUUGAAUAUAUAGUAUAGAUUUUAAAUAUAAGCAUAUAUGUUUAUGUCUCUGGAAUGAAAAUGUUUGGUGAUAUAUGUUUGAAAUAUUAAAAAACGAAAGAUGCUUGGUCAAAAACAGUCAUCAUCAUUUUUGCAUUUUCUGCAAAUGAUGAACAAUUGAACACUUCCAAAUUAUAAUCUUCCAAAUUCGGAUAAUUAGAACGCAUCAUUCUAAUUGUUCCAUGCAGUCUCAGCUACAAGUUCAUCUGGAUGCGCAGUCGAGACGCACAAUUAUCUUAAACUAUUUCCCCAGUACUGCUAAGGACAACAAACAAUUUAUUGUGUAGUGUAGGAAUAAAAGAUUAGCCUACUCAUGGAUCAUGAUAAUAUCGAUGACUUUCUUUCGUGCGCGAUACGUACAGGUGUCUCUAAUUCACACGCUGGUGCCGUCUCGUCCGCCGACCCUUACUGGGUGAUUAAGUAUUUACGACUUGCCAAUGGAAUCGAAAGAUGAGUCAGCACACGUUCUGGUGAACCGCCAUGAGUAGGCAGUAUUAAGUAUUGGUUGGACAUAAUAAAAACAAAUAAAACCGUAUCCAUGCACACUUUGGUAAAACAAGACUUCCCCCUCUCUUGCAUUUGCGUGCUAACGAGAACUAAUAUUCUAAUAAUAUGCUCAACGAUAUAUGGUCUGGAAUGAGAAAACCUAUCAUGCAUGGCGCUUUUUGAAGCAUUAUAUAUUAUUAGCAUUUUGCACUGAUGAAGAUCUGGGCUUACGGAUCGAAAGCUUAGAAUAAUAAAUAAUCGGUUAACAAAGUUAGCGGAAACGGCUGCAAGAAUACCCAGUGAACCGUGAUCAAAAUAUUAUGCCUUAUAUACAAAAACGGUUUAAUACGCCGUAAUUUGCAACAUGACACAUUUGUGCAUGUUCACCCAGUGUGUUCACCACGGGAUAUUGCAGGCAAUUGCGACAAGUUAAUUUAAUGAUUAGAUAAAACAAAAAGUUUUCAACAACGACUCACCAUCUCGUUGAAAUUCCACGGCAAACGCCACUUGCAGCGAUUGCUUUCUUCAUCAUGUUACGCCAAGAGGAAAUCUUUCGUUCGUAAAGUAGGAUGUAAUCCAUGUGGUUUCUGAAACAAAUCAUUAUUUAUAUUGAAGUUAUAUUUAAUUCUGUAUAUAUUCGAAUAUUUCAAACGUGGGGUUCAGGGCAGCUAUAGUAUUGAAUGAAAGCAUGGAAUAGUUAGCUGAUAAUGUUCUGGAAGCGUGGCAUAUAAAUCUGAAUGAUUGUAGCUACAUAGGAAGGACAGUACAGCUCCAGUCAAAUGAGGAUGACAGUUGAUGAGAAUUGAUAAGCGAGAGUUUGUGUGAGUGUUUUCUGCAUUGCAUGCCUCCAUGCGAGUUGAUGAGAGUUGAUUGGAUUUAUCGGACAAACGAGCGAAAACUCUCAUGAAAUUGGAAGCAGUUCAAAGUUAACGAGAGUUGGCGAGGUCAAACGCGAAACUCUCGUUGCAAUUCUCAUCAACUUUCUAUCUUCCUCCUUGUUGAACAGUGACGUUCUCCCUCGAACGUUGGGUUGUGUGCAUGUAUCAUUCGAUGAGACAUCGCAUUCGUUUCUUUACGAGUAGCGAACACAAGAUAUCUGAAGAUUAACAUUUUUCAUUCUCUCUACAGCGGUCCAGCACGAAAGAACGCCAAGGCACCCUCAACAGCACCAAAACGUGCCCAGCUUAAUGUUCAACAUGUACAACAACAAACCUCAGAAAAGAAAACACACUGAAAGCAUACGAAGCCUGGAAACAGUGAAAGUGAAAACGAAGAAGGAACCAGACCACAGCCCUAGUUCCUCAGAAGGACAAACGGAUUCUUCUCUUAGUCCUUAUUCCAGCUCGCCUCUCUCAAUGAAGGAGAUAGUGUAUGAAUCAUCAAUGAGGAUUCUGUAUGUCUCCAUACAAUGGGUCAAACAUAUACCAACAUUUAAAGAUUUACCUUACAACGAUCAGAAUUUACUCAUGCACCAAGGAUGGGGCGAGGUGUUCAUAUUAG